AUGGAAAUUGUAAAAGUAGUAAUACAUUGUAAAAGGUAUAGAAUAAAAAUUUUUGCAGAUAAAAGUUCAAUAAUUUUUUAUAAAAUUGAUGAUAAUUAUAUUAUAAAAUAAGACACAACUUGUAUGAAAAUAUAUGUAUUUUUUGUUAUAGUCGAGUCAUAAAAUCUCCACAAGAAAUUGAGGUAUUAGAAUAUGUGAUUGAAGUAAGUUCAAAUGCUCACAAAUCUAUUAUGCAAAUGGUGAAGCCAGGAUUUGCAGAAUUUCAAGCAGAAGCAGCUUUUAUGAAUUAUCCUUUUUGACAUGGGUGGUAAUUACUGUGGAUAUGCAGCUGACAUUACAUGCAGUUUUCCAGCCAAUGGAAAAUUUACAGAAAAUCAAAAAAUGAUCUAUAAUGCAGUGUUAGCUGCUCGUGAUGCUGUGAUGAAUGCUGCAAAACCAAAUGUUCUUUGGACAGAUAUGCACCUCUUAGCAAACAAGAUCAUGCUAGCUGCAUUAAAAAGUGGUGGUCUAUUAGUGGGAGUUGUUGAUGAAAUGAUGGAAGCAGGAUUAAAUGAAGUUUUUCAGCCUCAUGGGCUUGGACACUUUAUGGGAUUGGAUGUUCACGAUGUUGGUGGAUAUCUUUCAGGACAUCCUGAACGUUCAUCAGUUCCAGGAUUAAGAAAAUUGAGAACUGGUCGUAUUUUGCAAGCUGGUAUGGUUUUGACAAUUGAGCCAGGUUGCUAUUUUAUUGAUUGUUUAUUAGAUGCGGCAUUGGAAAAUCCAAAUCAGUCAAAAUUUAUCGUUGCCGAAGAAUUGAAAAAAUUCCGUGGUUGGGGUGGUAUUAGGAUCGAAGAUGAUGUUCUUAUAACAGAAACUGGUGUAAGAAAUUUAACGAAUGUGCCACGCACCGUAGAAGAAAUAGAAAAAUGGAUGGCCGCUAGAAAAAAUUAAACUCGAUUAUAGAAGAAAAAAUCGACGAAUAUAUCGCAUAAUAUAUGCGAAUAUUUAACGAAAAAUAUCUACAAUAUGUACAAAUUUACAUAUUCUGUUUUUAUGAUAAAAAAUAAUUUUAAUAUAUCACAUAAUACGACGUCACAAAAUAUUUUUACAUCCUUAUAAUGCAUAUAAUGCAAUAUUUAAUAUCUUUAAUGAGCUUAAGUCAUUCCUUUAUAAAUUGUAUACAAAGAAAAACAAAUAAAAUAAUAUUCUUUAUUACAUAAUACA